UAAAAGCACAUUAUAAAUGCUUGACUAGGCAAGCAAUAAGCUGUAUUUUCCUCAUAAAAAUCAUAUUAGAAAAAAAUCAGAUUUUAUAUUAAAUGUUACAAUGGGGAAGACUGUGUUGUUUUCUUUAGUGUUCAUUGGAUUGAUAAGUUUGACUUAUACUCGCAAAGAAGAUGACAGUGAGCUUUUACAAAAGAUUAUCGACGCUCUCUCCGAUCCAAAUGAUAAACACGACGUCUUGAAAAAUAUUAAAAGGAACCUGGGAUCAAAUGACGUCAGAGGUAUGAAUGAAAGAAAAUCAGACAAGGACGAAAGAAUUGGAAACAAUUUUGGAACAAGGCAAGGCUCAGGAGAUCCUAAUGGACAUGAGUAUUACGUCAACAUUCCAGAACAUACGUCACAGCAUGUACAUAAAGAUGACGACCUAUACCGGGCAAUAGAUAGCUUUCUACAAGCUAAAAGAGCUCGAGCAUGGUUAAAAUGGCUCGAACAUGGUGGGCAUAAAGGUACAAGCACAACAACCGCCGCAGCACCUACAUUCACGACGACUGCACCGACAACACUACCCCCAACAACUGCUGCACCGACCACUGCACCGACUACUAGAAGAACGUAUAUCUCAUGGUGUAGAAUAUCGUGGUGGGGUUGGCGGAGGAGAUGUUAGUGAGCAAAUUCUCAUCUGUGAAAUUUACAAUGCAGAUAUUCAAACUAUUUUCUAGUCCAUAGGUGUGUUAAAUUUUUAAAUUCACUAAAAGCAAUAUAACACCUGAUUUCUAGAAUGUCAGCUUAAGCCUUGAAAGAAAAUUUAUACAUAAACAAUAUAAAUGGUUUCUCACUUAAUAAGAAACACACCAUUUUUAUCAUUAGAUACGAAGCAUAAUAUUCUAAAACCGAGCGAUAUCUGCUUAAUUGUUUAGAUCUUGAAAAACUACGUAGAUUGUAUUUACCAUAGUGCAUGCAUAGCUGUGGUGUACAUCGUACCAUUUUCAAGAAUUAAUUUACCCUUUGAAAAACAUUGUCAUUUAUAAUAUCAGUAUAAUCAUGUUAUAUUGUAGAAAUAGAUUCAACUUUACUGCAUUUGUCUUUUUUAUAUUAUUAUUCUA